AUGAUUUAUGUUGUUGUGAUUCACGCCGUUGGCAACCCUAUCACGCUUCUAAGAAUCUCCCCAGUACCGGGGCCAGGAGGAGGGGGACUCGACAAAGUGGCCCUGACCGAACCCGCCGUGGCUUCGGCGGCGAUUGCGACCGCCCUGAAGCGCGUCGUCCGACCCGUUCUCCCGGCACCAUGGUGCCGAGGUGUGCAUGAGCGUUCGUAG